UGUGCUCACCCAGAUGCUUCAUCUAUUCAACCUGACGGUGCAGCGCUGCAGACAUUUUCUGCUCAGUGUUCUAAGCAGCUCUGGUUGGAUUGACAAACAGACUGGAGGGAGGCCUCGGGUCCAGUUUGCUGAGGAGGAUUUCUUCCAGGAAGUCUCAGCAACGUAGCAACAGUCCACAACCACAAGAGGCCAAUGAAAUGGGGGGAAGCGGAGAUGACAGCGGGCCAGGGAGGCUGAGCCGCAGGUUUUCUCGCCUGAGCGGCAGGCAUCAGUCCAGGGAUCCCCCGAGACCCCCAGCUCAGCCAGAAAGACCUGCUGCUCCGCCUGACAGACCUGUUCAACAAGAUGAUAGGCCUCCUCAACCAGUUCCAGUUCCAGCCCCAGCUCUGGCUCCAGCUCCAGCUCCACCUCUGGUUCCGACUUCAGCUCUGGCUCCUCUCCCUCCCCGUGUGGAAAUGCUACCAAAAUGCCCAGACAAAGCCACCAAGCCCAAACUCCCCCCUAGGCCGCUGUCUAAGGUGUUCAGUAGUGCGGAACAUGGAGCAGCUGUGUUACAGGGCGUUGAUACUUUUCGCGCAGAUGAGACUCUCUGUGAUGUAGUCCUGGUUCCUGGGGACAGUGAGGAAACUUUCCCCGUCCACAGAGUCAUCAUGGCUUCAUCCAGUGAUUAUUUCAAAGCCAUGUUCACUGGAGGCAUGAGGGAGCAGGAGAUGAGAGAGAUCAAGCUGCAUGGGGUCACUAAGUUGGGUUUAAAGAAUAUUAUCGACUUCAUUUACACAUCCAAAGUCAGCCUCGACAUGGGUAAUCUCCAGGAUACGCUGGAGGCUGCAAACUUCUUGCAGGUCAUGCCUGUCUUGAGGUUCUGUAAUCAGCUUCUGAGCAGAGAGAUCACUAUUGAGAACUGUGUGGAGGUGGAGCGUAUCGCCACAGACUUGCUUCUGGAAGAUGUUCAGCAGAAUAUAGGUGAGUUUGUGAGUCAGAACCUCUCAGCUUUGGUGGAAUGUGGCCGCUACCUCCAGCUCUCUGAAACCACCAUGGCCGACGCCCUGGCCAGCAACUCUCUGGAAGGUUUCUCUGAGGUGGAACUCUACCACAUCGCUAGAGGAUGGCUGAACCAUGACUACCCCAAUCGCCGCUCCUCUGUCUAUGCUUUGAUGCGACAUAUCCGCUUCCCACUAAUGAGCCCCAGUGAGCUGAUUCAGAUAUCCCAGGAUGAUGAAGAGGAAGGAGACUCCAUGAUGCGCUCUGAGACGCCCUGUGUGAACCUCCUGCUGGAGGCCAGCAACUACCAGAUGAUGCCUUUCAUGCAGCCAGCUCUGCAAACUGAGCGGACACAAAUACGUUCAAAUGCCACCCACAUUCUGGCACUGGGAGGUGUGAUGCGACAGCAGUUGGUGGUGAGCCGGGAGCUGAGGCUGUAUGAUGAAAAGACUGGCUAUUGGAGGGCCCUGAAGCCCAUGGAGGUGCCACGUUAUCAGCAUGGUGUGGCUCUUCUCGGUGGCUUCCUCUUCAUUGUUGGAGGCCAGAGUACUUAUGACACCAAGGGUAAAACAGCCAUAGACAGCGUCUACCGCUACGACCCACGCUUCGACAAGUGGCUUCAGAUUGCUUCACUCAAUGAGAAAAGGACUUUCUUCCACCUGAGUGCUCUGAAGGGGAAACUGUUUGCAGUCGGAGGAAGGAACGCCUCAGGAGAGAUUGACACGGUGGAGUGCUACAACCUGAAGAAAAACGAAUGGACGUUUGUGACCAAUAUGAUGGAACCUCACUAUGGACAUGCUGGAACAGUUCAUGGGGACCUCAUGUACAUUUCAGGUGGAAUCACCCGUGACACAUUCCAGAAGGAGCUUUGGUCUUACGAUCCUGUAGCCGACACGUGGAGUAGACGAGCUGACAUGAUGGAGCUCCGCGGCCUGCACUGCAUGUGCACCGUAGGAGACAGACUCUACGUCAUGGGCGGGAACCACUUUCGAGGCAGCAGCGACUACGAUGACGUCCUGGGUUGCGAAUACUACAGCCCAGAAACAGACCAGUGGACAAUGGUGGCAGCAAUGCCACGGGGCCAGAGCGACGUUGGUGUGACAGUGUUUAACGGGCAGAUCUACGUGGUGGGAGGGUAUUCCUGGAACAGCAGGUGCAUGGUUGACAUUGUGCAGCGGUAUGAUCCAGAGAGGGACCUGUGGGACAGGGUGUUCAAUGUGCUGGAGCCUCUGGGGGGGAUUCGUGCCUGCACGAUGACAGUCCAUCUGCCAGAGGGGUCAGUGGAUGAGGCUCAGAUACAAGAGUGUCCUCUGCACACAGCUAAGAGCUGAUGAUCCACCACUGAUGGGGGGUUUCCAAAUUUGCCUGCAAGUUCUGGUGAAAAGAAAGAAAAACAGGAAAUUGUGUGGGUUGCAAACACAAUCUGUAGGUGCCAGAAUGGCUAGCUAACAUUAGCAUUCAACAGUCUUAAAGUUCUACACCUUUAAACCUACCAUUUCCUGUCCUCGUAUUUACUUUCAGGCAUGCAGUACCCUUCCUUCUCUGCUGUUGUGCUCUGUCACUUUGCAGUUUCAGUAUGUUCAAGGAAACAGUCAAUAAGUCCUUUAUAAAAAGUCCAACACACCCUCGCUCUCAAAUUGGCUUGACAUUGAUUAUCUGGGUGCUGAGUAUCACUGAUCUGUCAGAUUGAUCUCUGAGGCAAACAAAUCAGGAUCAGUCAGACAGAAGACAAAUUCUUCUCCUCACUGACAUAAAUUAAAUGAGUGUGUUUUGGUGUAAAUGCAGCUUUAAACUUCAGAGAGAAUUUUUUAGCUUUUCAAUGGUCUCUGUCUAAUAUAAACCAAAAAUGAUGAUUUUAUCCUGCAAACAAGUACUUUCUGUGUAACACACAGCAGCAAUAUGGUAGAUAGUCUCAUUGUAUCACAGAACUAUCAUCUAUGAUUACACACAAGCUGAGCUCUCUCUACGAUAAUGAAGGAUGAAGAGUCAGAAACAUGCUAAUCCACAAAAUGAUUGGUAAAACAUGUAAUUAUAUCUAAUCUUAGCAAAUGCAAUUAUCUCAUGUCAUGUCAGUCAUGUCAGUUUUUACUGUUCUUGGUAUUGACGACAUUUCUACAGUUUAAAUUGUCUUAUCUGCAAAUACCAGGUUAUCCAUCAGACUUGAGCUGGAUUCCUCUUCUGGAUCUUAAGUCUUCUCUUUUUGGUAUCAUUGACAAACCACAUGAAUAGAUGAUAAUCUUUGGAUCCUAUUAAAAGGUAUAGCAGGCCCCUUCUAACUCAAAUCCAGUAGGCUGAUAACCUCUGGCAACUCCCAUUCAAUCAAGUGACGGCAUCUGAAUCAGAUGGUUCAUUGAUGAGAUUUUAAUCUUUUUAAAUGAUAAUGGGGUUAUAUGGCACAAAGUCAUAGGAUAGAAGCUAGACUGUGACUACCAAGACUUACAUGCCUUUAUUAUCAUCAUUUUGAAAUUUGGCUGAAUUAACACAGAAAGUCACAUUUUCAUAAUAAAACUGAGUGAACACGCCAAUUUGAGCACAGAUCUGUCAUAGACAGUCCACUGUCCCAGUAUAUUCACAUGUUGCAUUUAAGGAGGGUGAAACUGUUUCAGCACAGUUUUUGUGUUUAAGAGUACAAAGUCCUGAGUCAUUACUGUCUGAAACUGAUUCAAUAAAGAGCAUGAGGACUAAUAGCAAAAAGCUUACUGUCACAGUGAGGAAAAUAAAUGUUUGUUUUGUUAUGUUUUGUAUAUUUAUAUUGAUAUGCAGUGUUAAAGAUUUAAAUAAAAUGUUGACUAUGA